AUGUCUCUAAUGCCCAAUAAUCUAAUAAGUGGAGGGCUUUCGCAACAUGAAUUAUCGUGGAGUUUCGCAACUUUGAUUGGAGGCGAAAGAAUGAUGCUAGACGAACGCAGCAGCAAGAAAUGUCCCGCUGCCAUGGAUGGUAUGGAGCGUUUCGCGUGUCCCACACCCGAUCUGCAGGGUCGGUAUCGUUGCAUAGACGAUCAUGUGCUAUGUGAUGGCUUCAUCGAUUGUCCGGAGGGUGAGGAUGAGGAUCGGCGGUCGUGUAUGUUCUACAAAACGGUCAAAGCCCACCUUGAUGUAUUAGCGGAUGCGUUACUGCGCUGGGCGCGAGGGCGUUAAACCACUACAAUAACACACAUAAACUAACACAACAUAACUCUCGCCUUCCUAUGCAUUAUUGCAAACCAAACAAAAAAACACACGAAAGCAACAUGAAGACAUAUGUAUGUAGUUGCAAAACAGCAAACACACAAACAACUACAAACCAAAAACAACAACGACCACCACCACCGCAUAUGAAUAAUAAAUAUGACCAAGGAAUGGUUUACAAAACCGGAAAAGAAAUAAAUAUUCCUGCAAAAUCAUUAAAACCAACUGAAUCAAUGUACAAGUGUAUAAAAAGAAACCGUAUGUUUGCAUGACACUGAUGGACACAUACUCUUAUAAGCAUUCAUACACACAACCACACACACAAACAGAUACGAACACCACAUAUGAAAGCCCACAAGUAAGAGAGAGAAGGAGAAACAGAGGGAGGGACCAUGUCGGAAAGGAGCUGCAGGAUGCAGUAGUAUUGUUUGUAAAAAGCUGUCAUAAGUAAACAUAAAUAAAUAAUAGGAAAAUAGUAAAAAAAAUACAAGAAGAACAACUGAAAAAAUAAGGAGAUAUAGAGACACGAAUAGAAGUAUGUAAAUUAGAAACAGAUGCAGAAACUCUAUGUGAGUUUCAGUGAAAGUAUGCAAAUGUUAAAAAACCACAAAACAAAAAAAAAAAAAAAUAAAAAACAAAAACACAAAA